UAGGGACCCCAAGUGAGAGUAUUUCAGAACAGUGAAACUUAAGGACGACGCGGUGCCUGUGCUCUUCGAACGUUCCAGAAAAACCCCAAAUCAGUUCUCUUCUGCUUCGGGGCACGACUGAGGAGCGUGCAAACUGCCGGAGGAACGCCGACGCACCGCCGUCUUGGUCGCCGCCGGCUGAGUGACUCAAGCCGUGUGAGAAUCGAGUCGAAGAGCAUAGCGAAAUCGGCAUUGAGAUACAAAAAUGCCAAAAGUAAAGACCAACCGUGUUAAAUACCCAGAGGGUUGGGAAUUAAUUGAGCCUACAAUCCGUGAACUUCAAGCAAAGAUGAGGGAAGCUGAGAAUGAUCCACAUGAUGGCAAAAGAAAAUGUGAGACAUUAUGGCCUAUAUUUAAGAUUGCACACCAAAAGAGCCGCUACAUAUUUGACCUCUACCAUCGGAGGAAGGAAAUUUCUAAAGAAUUGUAUGAAUUCUGUUUAGACCAAGGAUAUGCUGACCGCAAUCUAAUUGCAAAAUGGAAGAAGCCUGGUUAUGAACGUCUAUGCUGCUUGAGGUGCAUGCAGCCACGCGAUCACAAUUUUGCCACCACUUGUGUUUGCAGAGUACCCAAGCAACUUAGGGAAGAGAAGGUUAUAGAGUGUGUUCAUUGUGGUUGCAAGGGCUGUGCGAGUGGGGACUGAUUGGACAUCAAUUCUAGUAUUAGUUCAGAGGAGGUUUUGUCAAAAUUAUUGUUUCUGCUUUUAGCUUUCUGUUGCCUGCAAUCCUCACGGUGCUCAAGUUCUCCAGGCUGUAAUACUAUGUACUAAUUUCAUGAGGGCUAUACAUUGGGAAUAUUAGCUAUUUAUUAUCUGGAUAGUUCAAAACCUGAAUGGAGUUUUGUAAUUUCACAUCGCUGACAUGGUGUACUUUUGCUCGAUACUUUACGGCUUGAACAGUUCACUUAGAAUUAUCGAAAAAUGGUUAAUAUAAUUUUUUAAUG